UACCAUAUUCGCAAGACAUCCGUUUGCUCAUACCCCUCAAGCGAGUCCGUAUGUCCAAAUGCUGACCCAAAUAACACGAGCCAAGAUAACACCUGAUGCUGUUAUGCGAUAAUGCACAAUAAUAGCGAAGAGGGGAUUUCAAGUUUAAAUAAAAAGAAACGGCGCCGCGCCGGUGAGAGUGACAGUGCAUCGCGAGUCGCACGCGCACCGCCGCGCGAGAAAGUUUACAAGUUUUGGCGCCAACGUUCCGAAUUCAAAAAACACUUUUGCUUUUUAAAUCAGGAACAAUCUGGCAGUGUUGUGUCUCGCUCUGUCGUACUGGGUUGGAUAGUGACGUGUGUAAUUAGUGACUUUCGCUGUUUGGACAGGAUGAUGCGUUAUAUGAAGUUAUGGAUGAUCGUGUGCCUGACGACCUCACUGGCAGCGCCGUCACCACAACAGCUGGGACUUGACAUCAUUGACCUGGCUGCUAUUAGUAGAAUGUCUCCAAAACAGCUAGAAGCCCUAGCUGAGGGUCUAGCGGCCGAGGAAAUCAUGAGGACAAAGAGGUCAUCAGCACAAGCCAUUAGCUCGGUCGUCUCGAAAGCAUCAUCAGCGUCAUCCCUAGGCAGCAAGAUCGGACUCCUCGGUCAAGCAUCAUCAGGGGCACUGACUUUCAUCGCCUCUGCUUCAAGCAAGUCAGGCCAACACGACGAACAUCCUGGAUAUUCUUAUGAACCGCAAGAAAGCAAAGUCGACUUCUGGGGUCUCAAGAAGUCCAUCCUCUACACUCUACUACAAGCAGUGAAGGCCAUCACCGGAGGGGUGACCAUCUUGAAGGGUCAGCUGAUCAAGGGCGGCGGCGCGCUGGCAUCGACCUUGGGCAAGGUCAUAUCGGUCAAGGGUGAAGCUGUCAGCAACUUUGGCAAGAAAAUCGUGUCGUCAGCCGCUUUAAGCCAUAAGAAGCCAUCACCGCCGGUAUACGGCCCGCCGCCCGCGCACGUUGACUACCCGCCUAGCGCAUACGGCGCGCCGACGGCCCCCGCGCAUUACUCGGCGCCGACCGCGCCGGCGCACUACGGCGCGCCGUCAGCGCCCACAGGCUUCGCUUCGCACAAAUACCCCUCGCAUUUAGACGGGCGAGGUAAACUGAACGGAGUUCACGCCGGACUCGUCAUUCUCACGCCGCUGGAAGAUGGCGGCACCAGCGAGGCCCAGCACACACACACCGGCCACACCCCCCUCGAACCACCCCCCUCCAUCCUCCACACCGCCUUCAGCGCCAUCAAAAAUGUCUUCUCCUCAGUCACACCCUCUUUCCAAUCCCCUGAACCAGAAGCAGAUACCUAUCAACCCCCACCCCCACCAGUUCCCGCCUUCAAACCAAUGACCUGGGGCGCCGUCAACUCCUACGGAGAACCGGCCAUGGUCGAAGCUCACCCGGACUAUGACCCUCGCAACCCAUACCCGCCUUUCGAUAAAGCCUCCAACAAAAAGGGUGUAGUACCUCGACCGGUCCCAGUCUUUCACAAAACAGGCUUGACUGAUGAAAAAAUACAAAAGAUAAGUCAUAAUUUGAAAAAGAUUGCUGCUCUUAUGAAUGACAAUAUUCAAAGAUCUUCGGAAGAACAUCCGAAAAUAACUCCAAUGGACGUAUACAGGGACAUGCUUGUCAAAGGCGAGAUUCCUCUAAUCCCAACUCCUGUAGUAACCGACAAUGAAAUAGGGGUUUUAUCCGCUGACCUCCUCCCUUCUGAGUCCCCAACGACGACAACGACCACGACCACGACAACAACAACGACAACAACGACAGAGAAACCAAAGACAUCGACAGAAAACCAGACGGAUAGGAGAAAGAAGGAUGUGAAGUAUUUCCUACGAGGGAACAGAAUAAUCGUAGUUUGAUCGACUGACCGACAAGACUGACUGAGAUGUUCCUGAGCAAGGUGCGGUGUUAGGAGGCGAAGAGCUGCAGCAUUACUACUACCACCAGUAACAUUGGUCGCCAGUGAUAAAUAGUUAAUAGGGCCCUGCCGGUCUACGCAAGUCUGGGCAUUUAUAUUAAAAUGUGCACUUUAUGUACCUUCGUACACACGAACUACACACUAAAUACAUACUUUAAUAAUAUGUUUAGUAUGCUUAAGCACUAAUCCUUACAUUCAACUUACGGAUUUCGAGAUAAUAACGUCGGGUGACAAGCAAAAGUCGCUAAGUACUAUCAAAAAAUUAAAGUAACAAUGCACUUUAUUACACUUGUAACACGGUUUCUUGUCUAAUCAUUUCAAUGGUGUUAGUUGGUGACUUUUGCUUGUCACCCGACGGUAAGUUCGUGUUUUGAACAGCCAAAAUUCGUAAAACAGAAUGUAAAAAAUUGUAAUGACGCUCAAUAGGUGCUAUAAAACAGUACACACUCUUGAUACUUUGCUUGUAAUCUAAACGUAGGAGUUUACGCAAAGUAUGAACUAAAAUAUUAUUGACCGAAAUGUCUUCCUUACACAAAUGAGCAAGUUGUGAAAGUUUCCAAGAACUUGGAAAACUUCUCGUAAAUUUUAAAAUAAAUUCACACAAACAGUUUCCAAUUUUGGAAAUUUAAUUUUCGAUAUCCUUGCAAAAAUAUGAGAAAUUUCCUAAGUUUUUCAAUGUGGCGAGAAAGUUUCCUACGGCAAAUGAAUAUUCAAGAGAUUAUAUAGCUUUUAUAAGAAUCUCACAGAGAUCUCGACUGGACCACGUGAAUAGAUUUUGGUACAUGAAAAAAAGCAGUAGCUUGCGUAGACGUUUCAGAAGCUAACUUUAGUUUAUCCGCACCUGUUUAAAAUCGUGUAUUAUUAAGUAAAUAAGUCGCUAUUUAUGUAAUAUAUAACUAAAUUAAUAUUCGAACAAAAUUCUUACUCGUGUGUAUGUGUUUGUAUGUACGCAAUGAUUGAUUUUUUUGAGUUGUAUGAUCAGAAAUGGCUCAAUACCAAAGUUAUAGUAUCAUUGGUUUCCCAAAUUUCAGAAAUGUAACAUUGGUAAAGCAAGAUAGUGUUUGGCAAACAAAACGUGAUAUUUUGCUGAAAGACCAAAUGUUAUUAUGCCGAGUUUCCGUAGCAACGGGGCAUUCCAGAAAAGUGUCGGGUCCAUGACACUUUUUUUUAACACUUCUUAUAAAACUUAGACGUCUAUCGGCAUGAAGUUUAAUAAUUUUAUUUAGUUUUAAAUUUAACUAAAAUCUUUUCGAGGAAUGCCCCAGCAAAAAACUAUAAUUUUAUUUUUUGUUGUUUUAUACAAUAUAUUAUUUCGUUAUAAUAAUAAUUUAUCAAUAGCACCUUCUUAUUUUAUGCAAAGCAGAAAAAAUAUUAUUUCCUAUAAUUAUAAUUAAAGCAUGUCAGAGUACCAAAACAUUUUAGGUCGUAGAGAUAACAACUCAAAAUGACGUUUUGUUGACCAAACUCGAGGGUUAAAGUUUGUAACGAAACUAAAUUUGUUAAUAAUCACUAGAGUUUUGUGAACAUAUUUAAGAGAUUUUUAUAACUACCUAUCGAUUUUGUUCACUUUUUUAAUAUGAAAUAAUGACACAAAAUGAAAUGGGUUUGUAUUGUACAAAUAUUUUUCGAAAAACCUAAGUUAACACUUGUAGCCUUUUUAUAUCUGAUGUUAAACAUUGUCCUAAGCUUAUUUAUUUAAACUCAUAUGUUGUAAAUAAUCGGUGUAGUUAACAUAGAACGAAUUUACUAGCGAGGGUGUACAUAACAUAAUGCUCAAUUAAUUUUGUAUUUAUAUCUUUGUAGGUAUUGAGUAUUUGAUAAAUAAAUAUUAAGGGUAA